CCGGCGGGCGCCGCUCGGAGGGAGUCCUCCCCUCACCCGGUGCCGCCCCGCGGGGACAGCCCAGCAGCGCCUCAGGCCCCGCAGCCGGUGGCUGCAUCUCGCCCGGGGGCACGAGCGGGGCCUGCCCGGGCCGAUGGCGCUGCCUACGCUGCCCGCCUGCUGGCCCAGCCGGAGCCGAGCGCUGGAGAAGCAGAUCGUGCGGCAGCGCGACCAGGAGGCCCGUUGGCGGCAGCAGUGGGAGCGGAACAGCCGCUAUUUCAAACAGUCCGGGCUCUGCAGCUCCAAACAGAGCCAGUGGAGCUCGCGCCGCUCCUAUCAGCAGAGCAUGAAUGCAUAUCACUGUGAGAAAAUGAAAGAGGAGAAAAAAAUCAGUUUGGAGCACAGACGAGAACAACUUAGGAAACUUUUGUACGAGGAGCGAGAAUUGCUAACAGCCGAACUCAGGGAGCUGAGACUGAACGAGGAGUCCGAGCUGAACAAGAUCAGAGAGAGAAGUGAAGAUUUGAAAUCUGCUAGAGAAGAGCGUCGGAAAAAGGUUGCUGAAGAGCUGCUGUAUGAACGCUGGAAGAAGAACAAUACCAAACUCCGAGAGAUUGAGUCAGAGCUCCACAAGAAGCAUGUGAUAGACGUUUGGGGCGAUCAGCUCACAGAAAAGAAGCAGCAAGAAGCAACUGAAAGAGAAGAAAAAAGACGGUAUGAAAAUGAAUAUGAACUUGCCCGAAGGGAGGCACUGGAAAGAAUGAAACAAGAGGAAGAAAAGAGGCGGCUGGAAGAGAAGAAACGAGCUGAGGUGUUACUGCAACAAAUGGAAGAACUGAAGUUCCGGGAGAUGGAGGCAACAAAACUGAAGAAGGAGCAAGAGAAUUUACUAAAACAGCAAUGGGAGCUGGAGGAGCUGGAAGAAGAGAGGAAGCAAAUGGAAGCAUGCAGGAAAAAGUUGGAGCUUGGUCGCUUUUUGAGACAUCAGUAUAAUGCCCAACUAAAGAGACGUGCACAGCAGAUACAACAGGAGCUGGAGAUGGACAGGCAAAUACUAUUAGCCCUUCUAGAGAAGGAAGAUGAGGAUCAACGCCUCCACUCUGCUAGACGGGAGCGGGCUGCUGCAGAUGCUGCCUGGAUGAAGCAUGUGAUUGAGGAGCAGCUCCACUUAGAAAAGGCACGAGAGGCAGAACUGGAGACCAUUUUUAGGGAAGAAGCUAAACAAGUGUGGGAAAAAAGAGAAGAAGAAUGGGAGAGAGAGAGGAAGGCCAGAGACAGACUGAUGAAUGAGGUCCUUGCAGGCAGACUAUGUCAGAUCCAAGAGAAGAUGGAACUAAACCGACAUGCCCAGGAGGAAUGUGUAAAAUACCGGGAACAACUGAUUAGAGAGCUUGAGGAGGCAAAAGAGCUAACUCGUCGAGAGAGAGAGGAAGAAGAGGAACUAAAAACCGCUCGCAAACAAGAGCUGGAGUCCCAGCUUACAGAGCGCCGCCGGCAAGAGCAGGAAGAGUUACAGCGCCAGAAAGAGGAGGAGGAGGAAGCAAGGUUGGCAGAGCAGCACUGUGAGGAGUUAGUGCGGCAAGAGGCCAAGCGCAUGACUGAGCGGGGCUAUCCCAGUAAGCCCCGUGGUCGUCCAAAAACAGCUUGGACCUGAGAAGGGUUGCCCUUAAGUUCUGAGGUGUGAGCAUCAUAGCAUCAGUAUGAAGGACUCAAUGUUGCAGGCUAUGUGCCUGUUAAACAAGAUCAAGCUGUUAUGGAAUAUUUCAAAACCAAGAAUCAAGGUGCUAUUGUCAUGAAAUUGUCAGGAAUAGUUCCUGAAGCUGAUGGAGAUGUGCUCAGUGCAAAUGAAGGUCCAAGUUUUCAAAAGCAUUCAGCCAAAUUCUCCCAUUGAAGUCAAGGUCAAAUUUCCCUUGAAUGCAGUAGCAGCAGAGGUAGGCCAAUGGAGCUUUACUUGAAAAUACUAUCCUAAUUGUGGAGACGGCUCUACACCGUUCCACCUGCUUCCAGUGUUUAGAAGCUGUGAAGUGACACGAUGUAGCAUGUAAGGCAAAGUCGACUCUCCAACUACACAUCAACCAGGAAAAACAGUGAUGGAAGAGUAAAUAUACAGAAAGCUUUAAAAUAGCUGCAUGUAUUCUUGAUUAACGCAACCUUGUUGAAUCAAUGAUACUAAACCACUGACUGUUGCUGUUUAUAGCGGAAAGGGUUUCUUUAGUGUCAUGCUUUUUAUAUUAACCCUAAGUAAUGUUUGCUCAGAAAUCCCUCCUGUACUUCCUUAUCCCCAUGCGUUGUAAAACAGUGUUGGUGAGAAUUGUAGUGCUACAGUGUGUCAAUUCUUGACAGAAGUUUCAUUUAGGCUCUAGGACUCUAAAGACUUCAAUAAAGAUUUACCUGUCUGUUUUAGAUUUA